AUGAUAAGGUAUGUGCUCUACCAGCCAAGAGAAGAUGAUUUACGCUGCUUAACUCUGUUUGGUCAUUUUGGUUUUGAAUGUUUGCCUCACCAGCUGGUGAACAGGUCCAUUCAACAAGGAUUCUCUUUUAAUAUUCUCUGUGUGGGAGAAACUGGAAUUGGGAAGUCAACACUGAUUGACACAUUAUUUAAUACUAAUUUGAAAGACAAAAAAUCAUCACAUUUCUACUCAAAUGUUGGACUUAAAAUCCAAACCUAUGAACUCCAGGAAAGCAACGUUCAACUGAAAUUGACUGUGGUGAAAACAGUGGGAUAUGGUGAUCAAAUAAACAAAGAAGCCAGCUACCAACCAAUAGUGGACUACAUAGAUGCUCAGUUUGAGGCCUAUCUUCAAGAAGAACUGAAAAUCAGACGUUCGUUCCUGGAGUACCACGAUUCUCGAAUCCAUGUGUGUCUUUACUUCAUUUCCCCAACAGGACAUUCUCUGAAGUCCCUUGAUCUGCUAACUAUGAAGACCAUUGACAGUAAGGUGAAUAUCAUACCACUGAUUGCCAAAGCAGACACGAUUUCUAAGAGUGACCUGCAGAUUUUUAAGUGUAAGAUCAUGAGUGAAUUGGCUCAUAAUGGUAUCCAGAUCUACCAGUUCCCGGCAGAUGAUGAAACUACUGCUCAUGUGAACUCCUCAAUGAAUGAACACUUACCUUUUGCUGUAGUGGGAAGCAUGGAGGAGGUGAAAGUUGGGAAGAGGAUGGUCAGAGGCCGUCAGUACCCCUGGGGAGUUUUACAAGUGGAAAAUGAGAAUCACUGCGACUUUGUCAAGCUCCGGGAUAUGCUUCUCUGUACCAACAUGGAGGACCUGAAGGAACAGACUCACCGGCAGCACUAUGAGCGCUACAGAUGCUACAAGCUGCUGAAAAUGGGCUUUACCGACGUGGGUCCCGACAACCAGCCAAUCAGUUUUCAAGAGACAUAUGAAGCCAAAAAGCAGGAGUUCUAUGAUCGAUGUCUGAGAGAAGAAGAAGAGUUAAAACACAGGUUUAUGCAGCGAGUAAAUGAGAAAGAAGCAGCAUUCAAAGAAGCUGAAAAAGAGCUCCAGGACAAGUUUGAGCAUCUAAAAAGAGUCCAGCAAGAGAAGAUCAUGAAACUUGAGGAAGAACGAAGACAACUGGAAGAAGAAAUAAUAGAGUUUUAUAAAAUGAAGGCUUCCUCAGAAACACUGCAGCCUCCAGUGUGCACUAACCUAAGAAAGGACAAGGAUCGCAGAAAGUAGCCCUCACCGUCCUCUGGACAGUAGAGCCCAAACAUUCGAGACACUAUGCUCCUGUGAGAUUGUCUUCACAGCGAUUCACUGGUUGAACUUUAGGCAAAUUAAAUUGUGUGUGUGUGUGUGUGUGUGCUCUUUGUCUGUCUUCCCCAGGGAGAAUGUAACUAACUCCUUGGCAGUAGGUAAUCUUAUGAGAUGCUGCAAUCCCAGCCGCUGGAAUAAAGACUGUCACUCAAUAAAUAUUUGCCAGAAUGAAGAAAAAAAAAAAUCAGAAUAUGCAACAAUGUGUAAAAUGUUUUCAU